UGCCCGCAAGAUCGCCAGAAAAAAAAUCCGACCAUGUCCGCCGUGGAACCAUGCCUGACGUGCUUCCGCAAAACGGACAACUACCUUCGCAUCACGGACGAAACCAACGCCGACGAUGUGGAGCGGAUCGUGACCACCCACUUUUGGUUUUCGGAGACGGAAUGUGCCAGCAGCGUCCUGUGCACCAGCUGCUGGGAGAAGAUUGAUGACUUCCACAAGUUUUACUGCGAAGUGCGGAAUGUUCACCUGGACAAUCGGGCGGACGACGAACCGGUCGGGGUACAGAUCAAAGUUGAACCGCUGGAAGCACCGAUCAAGCGAGAAAUCAACUUGGAUACCAAGGAGGAAGAUGAUGAAGGCGAGGUGGAAGAGGUGGACAAGUUGGCUGCCAAAGCGGAACCCGUGAAGGAGGUGAAGGACGAGACGGAUCUGGAACAAAAGGAAAGCGAAGAAGUGCCCGUUAAGAAGAAACGAGGUCGAAAAAGGAAGCUUCCCGAGGUGGAAGUUGAGGCAGAGCAGAAAGUAAAGCCUGCGCCAACUGUAGAGGUAACGGUCGAUCCGGAAGAACAAGCUCAGUCUGAUGAUGACUCCGAUUGGGAGCCACCGCAGGAUGAUGAUUCUGGGGAAGAAUUUGCAGUUAAACAGAAGCGAUCGAAAGGGGAGAAGAAACCUAGGAAAAAGUAUGCUCCACGAAAACCUCGGAAGGAGGACGAAGAUCGAGCUUCAAAUGGCAAGACGAAAGAAGACAUUGCCAAGGAGGAUGAGUUUAUUCGAAGAUACUGUCCGAUCUAUUGCGACAAGUGCAAUUUUAGUUCGGAUACCUUUGGGGAGCUGAAGGCUCACACAACCACGGCGCACAACUGCAAUCCGAUGGUGAUUUGCUGUGAUCACAAGUUUUACAAACGGUCAUUCCUCUACCAGCAUGCCCAGUAUCACGAAAAUCCGGACAAAUUCAAAUGUCAGACUUGCUCCAAGAUAUUCCACAGCGGGUUGGCUCUGAAGCUUCACUUGGACUAUACGCACGUGAAAGACGAGGAGAGGAUCUACAAAUGCAAUGUCUGUGAAGCGAGUUUUGCCAAAGCUUAUCAUCUGACGUCACACCGCUUGAAGCAUACCUCGAUCGCAGAAAAGCGCUUCUACUGCGUGGAGUGUGAUAUCGCGUUCCGUACUAACCAAUCCUACCGGACACAUCUGCACUCGAAGCACGGGGCAGCUGCAAAGUACGUGUGCGACAUCUGUGCACGCGGGUUCCGACAGCGUUCGGAUCUACUCACCCAUCAGCUUUCGCACAGCGCCGAGGGUCUGGAGAAGCUCAAGAUCCAGUGCGAACGAUGCGGUAAGUGGAUGAAGAACAAGAAAUCCAUCUGGACCCAUCGGAAAAUCUGCCAGAGUACGGGACCGGUCGCCUGCGAUAUCUGCGGUAAAAUGGCUCCCAAUCCGGAGCAACUGAAAAGCCAUAAGAAAUUUAUGCACCAGGAUCAGCGGGUUCACCAGUGCAGCUAUUGUGAGAAGGCGUUCAAGAGACCGAUCGAUCUUAAGGAACACGAAACCAUCCACACCGGUGAGGUGCUGUACUCGUGCCAGUUCUGCGCCAAAACGUUCAACUCGAACUCCAACCUGUACUCGCACCGCCGGAAAAUGCACCCGGUAGAGUACGCCGACUGGAAGCAGGCACUGCAGAUGAAAAAACAACCAGUGGAAGCGCAACCAACCAGGGUCAUUGCCGCUGAAAUGCACGCAUGUACCAGUGCUGCUGGAGCUGCCACUGCCAUUGCUAUGCCAGCAGAACUUCCUCCGUUCUUGCCACCGGGUCUGAUGCCCGCCGGAGUGCUUCCGUUGCUACCUACACCCGAUGACGGCGGAGGCUACUCCUGAAUCCCGGACGGUGCGUACCAUUCCAGUAAGUAAGGUAUUACUGUGUUCUUUUAAAUUGAU